UAACUUCAUCAACAUCAUGAGAGAAGUUAUUAGUAUUAAUGUUGGCCAAGCCGGUUGUCAAAUCGGUAACUCUUGUUGGGAAUUAUACUCCCAAGAGCAUGGAAUUAGACCUGAUGGUUACUUGCAAGAAGGUUUAGACAGACCAAAGGGUGGUGAAGAAGGAUUCUCCACCUUCUUCAGUGAAACUGGAUCUGGUAAAUAUGUUCCACGUGCUUUGUACGUUGAUUUAGAACCUAAUGUAAUUGACGAAGUCCGUACUGGUGCCUACAAGGAUUUAUUCCACCCAGAACAAUUGAUUGCUGGUAAGGAAGAUGCUGCUAAUAACUAUGCUAGAGGUCACUACACUGUUGGUAGAGAAAUUUUAGACGAUGUCUUGGACAGAGUUAGAAGAAUGGCCGAUCAAUGUGAUGGUUUACAAGGUUUCCUUUUCACCCAUUCUCUUGGUGGUGGUACCGGUUCUGGUUUAGGUUCUUUACUUUUGGAACAAUUAUCUGUUGACUAUGGUAAGAAGUCCAAGUUAGAAUUUGCCGUUUACCCUGCUCCACAAACUUCCACUUCCGUUGUUGAACCUUAUAACACUGUUUUGACUACCCAUACUACUUUGGAACAUGCCGACUGUACUUUUAUGGUUGACAACGAAGCUAUCUAUGAUAUGUGUCGUCGUAACUUGGACAUCGGUAGACCAAGUUUCAACUCUUUGAACUCUUUGAUUGCUCAAGUUGUUUCAUCUGUUACUGCAUCUUUGAGAUUUGAUGGUUCAUUGAAUGUUGAUUUGAAUGAAUUCCAAACUAACUUGGUUCCAUACCCAAGAAUCCAUUUCCCAUUGGUUUCUUAUGCUCCUGUCUUUUCCAAGGAUAGAGCUAACCAUGAAGCUAACUCUGUUUCUGAAAUCACUGCUGCUUGUUUCGAACCAGGUAACCAAAUGGUUAAGUGUGACCCAAGAGCUGGUAAGUACAUGGCUACUUGUUUGUUAUACCGUGGUGAUGUUGUCAACAGAGAUGUUUCAAAUGCUGUUUCUCAAAUUAAGGCCAAGAAGACUGUUCAAUUGGUUGAUUGGUGUCCAACUGGUUUCAAGAUUGGUAUCUGUUACCAACCACCAACUCAAAUCGUUGGUUCUGAUUUAGCUGCUGCCAAGAGAGCUGUCUGUAUGUUAUCUAACACCACUGCCAUUGCUGAAGCUUGGAGAAGAAUUGACAGAAAGUUUGACUUGAUGUACUCCAAGAGAGCCUUCGUUCAUUGGUACGUUGGUGAAGGUAUGGAAGAAGGUGAAUUUACUGAAGCCAGAGAAGAUUUGGCUGCUUUGGAAAGAGAUUACAUUGAAGUUGGUACUGAUUCAUACCCAGAAGAAGAAGAAGAAUACUAGAUGGAUUCCAAUUUCUAAAUACCCUUUCUACCUAACUUUAUAGGCUUCCUUGCCUAUAUCUCUCUCUAUAUCUCUCUCUUUAUUUUUAUUCAUCAAUUGUUGACUAUUGGUUUUAGUCGUAUUUUUUAUGUCCAUCCUUCUCUGCCCAUUUUCCCCAUACUAGAAUUUGGAGGAAUAUGUGUGCUUUAAUAAAUAACAGGUUUUAAAAAAA